GCAACAUUAAAGCACCCUGAAUACGUUAACGAUGGUUGCGCCCGGAGCCAUACUCACACAUUUGAACCGUGCAGACGGCUCGGCAACAUAUACGCAUAAUGGCUACGCCAUCAUUGGGGCCGUCAAUGGUCCCAUAGAAGUACAGCGCCGCGAUGAGCAGCCAGAAGAAGCAACAUUAGAAGUCAACAUCAGGCCUUCUGCUGGUGUAGGAACACCUCGUGAGCGCCAUCUCGAAACGCUCCUCUACAACACACUGCGCUCAAUAAUCCUCACGCGGCUCAUCCCCCGCACACUUGUCCAAAUCACGUUGCAAGUGCGGAGCUUGCCAGAAGAAGACACUUCGGCAGGUGUGAACACCAGUCUCACACUUUUACCGCACCUCCUCCACACAGCAUUCCUCAGCUUGCUGUCUGCGUCGAUACCACUCUCUACAACACUUACCUCCGUACUCGUCGCCUACCCCUCGCACAUAACGAAGAGCUCAACGCCACUUCUCACACCGACAGCGAACGAGCUACUGCGCGCGAAACCGAUUCGAUCGACCCAUGUCUUUGCGUUCAGCGGUGACAGGCGGUUACUGCUGAAUGAGAGCGAUGGGAAAUUCAGCUAUGAAGAGUGGGAGGAGGCCUGUGAGAUGGCAGAGGAGAUUUGCUGCAAGGAGGAAGAUCAGGGUGGUGUGAGCCUUGGUGAUAGCAUGGAGGUCGAUGGGGCCAUGCAGAGCCAGAACCUAGAGAAGUGGCUGAGGGAAGUCGUGAUGAGAAAGGUGGAAUACGAGCAGCGUUGGAAGAGCGCUACCUGAAAAUUUGGUCAUGCGGGUUGUGUGUUUCCCAUGAGGGCGCGGUCAUCCUUGCCAUAUCACAGGCUAGCAUAUGACAGGUAAAUACCAUGCGCUUUGUAGUAGGGGGAUUGAUGCCGAAUGAACGGCUACAGAGGACCAUCAAACUGGUGGAGCUAACAAGGAAUGGUAAGAUGGGCCAAAAGGCGAUUGUAUUAAUGACAUGGAAUCAUGACCGCGCCGAAUUUGAGCGGAUAAUCCGCAUAAUGAUACACAUUGAAGGUACGCUCAGAACGCUAUACAUGCUAGCUGCAAAAUCAUCGUUCAAGAAAAGCAAAUGGUACA